AUGAAGACAUCGAACUCGCUAGAAUUAUCGCAAGAUAAUAUCUGCCUGUUUCUAGGAGCCCUUCUGAAUUAUUCUGACCUACAUGACGAGUUUUGCUUGGAGUGUAAUGAAGUUGGAAUGGUUCAGCUUUUUGUAGAAAUGUCCCAAGAACUCCAAGAUUCGAUUCCACACAAUGUGAAAUAUGUAGUAAGUACAGUUACUGUAGUAAAAUACAAUGUCAAUGUAGGUAUUAUCUUAUCCAACCCACAUUGAAGGAGAAAUGCCAGUAAAAAUUUUCCUUCGUCACUAUGAAUCAAUUAAUCCUGAAUUACAAAGAGCACUUUUCCUGUUGAAAACUUCUAUAAAACUACUAUAGGCUUUUGAAUACCUGGGCAAGUAUAUUUGUACUUCCGGUAUCAACCCUAAGCGAAUAGCAAUAAAGAAGGCUCUCUCUGAGUUGUUGAUAAAUGGGUAAUAGGAGGGAGGGGUAGGACUGGGACUCACUUGGGAGGGAGAUCUUGAUUAAGAGAGAGUUAAGGCUUAUCCGGGUUCUUACGAUGAGACGGAAUAUUCAGUGUACCAACUGACGCUCUCGGUCCUUAACCAGAUUAGUCUUUUUUUUUAAGAUACCAGCGUAACAGCAGUACGCUCGAUUGCCAGCCAUUGUUCGGAAAAUGAGUCCGGGCUUUUCUACCAAAAUUCCUUAUCUGACGGAUCGAGGAUCGGAUCCGAGAAAUACAGAGAUCAAGCUUAUAAAAGUAGUCGCCCUGCCUUUAUCAACAUAAUCGAAGCCUUUGUAACUCUUUUGUCAGCGGUAAGUCGAUCUAGUAAAGCAAUGAUCCUCGCAAGGGAGACUAGAAAAAUUCAGGCUUCGACGGCAUUCGAACUUAUGCCUCUUGUUGCCUACUACUAACUGAGCUACGGAGCCAUAUGUUGAGAGCAAGGCACACUUAGAGGUUAAAUCCUGCUACAUGGAAUUAUGUAUUUACCAGUGCUUCCAAUUUUUUUUAACAGGAACCUGAAACACGACAUCUAAAGAAGUUCACAGUGCGGGGAAAAAUGUUGUCUAGGAGCUUGGGGAAUCUUCACAAUUUCUCGAGACGCGUACCAACAAGAACAAACUUUGCUUCUGCCCAGGCGGUGAACUUGUUGCUUCUGCCACUUCUUAAUAGUAAAAUCACGUUUUACAGUGCUAAAAGCCUGCUUGUAUUGGCGUACCUGAUUGAUGAACAAAAUAACCAUCUGAUCAUGGCGGAUGAAGGUAUGAAAUUUUUUUGAGUGGGCUGUCAGUAAAAGCCCUUUUUCUUUCGAGUGCUAGCAAACAUUUGAAAGACAACACUAUAUUUUCCAUUUGAAGGAAAAUAAGACUCUCAAAUUUGUCUUGGAAAUCAUAUUACCUUUCCCUGAAUCCCAAAGUUUUCCUUAAACUUUGCCCCAUGGAAAACUCGGUUUUCCCUAUAACGCGGAUGACUGCGUGUGAAUUUUUUUCGCAACAAAUUAAAUCCAGUUUUAUGUCUUAUUCCUGGAAGAAGUUCGUGAAAAUUAAACGAAGUGGCUGUCCAGUAUACGAUGAUUAAUUACUUUAAAUUUUGCAUCUCAGCUUUAACAGUCUCAUUUCAGAACCAAUCAAUUUUCUCAUACGCUUGCUGAGAAAGGCCAUAAGAACAGAUUGCCAUAGAUAUCUAGGAUUUUCUGCUCGAGAACUUGCUGAAGGACUGACACAAAUUGCAGUCAACGACAACAACAAGAAAACGGUAACUGUUAGCAGUUGAUCAUUUAUAUUCUUUGAUAUCGUUAUUUUUGGAAUUAUCGUUAUAAAAAUGAGGCGUACAUCUUUGCCUGGAGGAAUUUGUAGUGUUCAGUGUCUGAGUGGCUUAUUAAUUAGAAUGUUUACAAUUUUUCCUUUGUGACAACUUCGGCGUUGGUUUUACCACCCUCAAUCGAAAAGUGCUUGCGAGUAGUUAAAGGAGUGAGAAAUUUUAAGGCAAUGCUACAAAGUUCCCAUGCUCGACCCCUUGCAAAUCCAGACCCUCACCGGCGAUCACGUCAUUUAAAUGCCCUUGAACUCCUCUUGGCCGCUUUACAUGCAAAAAUUCCUUAACCCUUUAGCCCCUCACGAUCAGAAUUUUUCCGAUGAAGAUCACGAGAAUAAAGAAAAUGAUCGCCAACUUAAAAUGAAUUGAUUGUUAAACAAAUUCUCCUUUCCAGUACCAAAGGAAAUGUACAGAGAAGAGUGUGAAGAACAUGGAUACUGAUGUUGCCUGAUGUUAGGGUGAAAAGGGUUAAAAAAACAAGAAGAAAAUAAGACCAAUUGCAUUUUCCAGCCCCUGGGGAUGAGGAAUAGGCUUUUUCUUGAGUUCUAAUUGGCUUCUUUUACACGACCCUUCAAACAUGUAAUGAUUUCAUUCUCAUCAUGUUUGAAUAAAGAAUCUUACUUACAUACUUGAAAUAUCUUCCUUUACUGUACUUGGCUUUCUUGAUUUAUUCGGUUUUAAUUUUACGACGUUCAAUCGAAAUGGGAAAGGAUAAAUCAAAUUCUGGAAAUCUGGAAAUCACUGCUAGGUUUUCUUUGAUCGGAUCUACAGGUUUUCACUUGGCCGGGUUUGACCAGAUCGUUUCUGUAAGAAUCCUCUAACUUGGCCUUGUUCGUGACUGAGAUGAGCUGGUGUAUAUGAAAUCUUUCAACGUUCUAUGAAUUUCAACUUCUUCAAACUUUUGAAUACCGAAUACGAUAAAUAUCACUUUACUGUCAGAUUGUUAAAUCUGGAGCCAUUCCAAUUCUGGUCAAUAUGCUUGAAAACGCCAAAGAUGACGAGGAGAGAGUGAAUGCCUGUAACACUUUGUGGACGCUGGCGUUCGACGAGGAAAACAGGAAAGAAAUAAAAAAGGAUGAGCAUGCCUCAGCAGAAUUACGGAAACUUCUGACAUCGACUAACAAUGAAGUGAAAAACGCUGCUGCUGGCGCAUUGUGGGAAAUCGAAGAGAAAGAAAAACAUACAGAGGAUAAACAACAGCCAGUUAUCGAAUCCGGUGAGCAUGCGCAGCUUGGGAUGACAAGUUUACCACAAUGAUGGUGUUCAUAGAUUCAAAAACAACCUUGUAUAACCAAAUUCCUCCCUUUUGUAACUAGCAUGCAAGUAGAUCCUCAGCGUCAGCGCUGCAGGAAGCGCCUGCGGGAAGAUCUGAAACGAGUAAGAGAGAGGUUAGAGGGAAUCAGGCACUGAUGAUGAGGUGCUUGACCCCUUGAAGAUCCAGACCCUCGCCGGCUGCGCUACUCACAUAUUAGCACUGGUGAAGGGAAGCUGUGAAAUCCUUAUAUAGUAGAAAUAACUCUAGGAUCAAAGAGGUGAAUUUAGAGCACAAUUAAGGCAUGACGUAAUUUAUUAUUGUUACUAUUCUUUAAUGUACUCUCCAGACGCCAAGCACGUGAUGAUCAGUUACCAAUGGGAUGUACAAAAACUCGUGAUUCAGAUCAAAAACAAACUUCAGGCGGACGGCUUCAAGGUUUGGAUGGACAUCGAUGAAAUGGGUGGCUCUACUCUGGAAAGUAUGGCCAAGGCUGUGGAGAAUGCAAGUGUGAUGUUACUCUGUGUGUCUCAGGAAUACAAGGAGAGUCCUAACUGUAGAUCAGGUAAUGAUGAAAAUUGCUUCGCAACACCAGCAAGAUCUUUUGAUAUAGCGUUGUUGAUUAUAGAAAUCUUAGCAUUUUACUGGCUUUUUAGAAUUUGUAAUGAGUCUGUAUUUGCAAAACAAUUCCUGCAACUAUUACAAUAUUACUGGGCACAAAUCUUACGUGCGUUACUCAAGGGUGAAUGACAAAGGAUAUUCGGAAUUUGAUUAGCCAAUCAGUGAGCGCCUUCAACGCUUUCCAUCAUAAAGCGUUUCUAAAGCUUAGGUUUCGACUCUUUUUUAUUUUAGAUAAUCAAAACGAUGGAAAGAAGCUAGGAAAUGCGAGGUGGAUGCACUACUCCCCUUGAAUACUCCUUGUUAAGCUGUGAUUGUUCGAAACCAGUUUAAAAGACUGAUAUUAGGGCAUUGAAAAAAUCUGGAGUUCAAAUGAUAGAAGGAAGGGUGCAAUGCAGCAUAGAAAAUCCUGUUUCCAUGCUGACAGUAUGAGACCAGACGUCUAAUAAAAGACUUAAUUACCCAGCCCUAGUAUGAAGUCUCACCCCUUUUAUUCCUCCAUUGGUUCCAACUUUACCAAUCCUUUGAAGGUAUUUGAACACGUUGAAUACAUUCUCUAGGUAUAACUAGACAAUAAUUCUACUGGGAUUUUUGACGAAGUUGUAUUUCGAUUAAUGAUCUAUGUAGAGGCAGAGUACGCAUAUCGGCUUCACAAAGACGUUAUCCCUCUGAUGAUGGAUGGUAAAUACAGACCUGAUGGUUGGCUCGGCCUCAUCGUGGGAUCCAAAUUUUGGAUUGACUUCAGCGAAAAAAAUAAACUGAACUCUAAUAUGACCAAACUUGUGAAAGAACUGGGGACCAGGGGAAAAAUUGAACUUCAAGAAAAUACUGUGAAAGGUAUGAUUUAACCAAAAUUACCUUACCAGGUCGUUUGAGUUAUGAUCGUAACCACACCGCGCAUGUUUUCCCGCGCACUGGUGAGUUCGGUUUUCAUACCUUAUAGUGAAGUUAUUUACCGAUCAUCCGCUCUUUAUCGACAUUCCUCAUGUUUCUGUAGUGAUUUUAGUCGGUGACCUUCCUCCUAUGAGUGCUCCGCUUCUAAUGAGUGGUAUUGCAAAAAAGGUAUUGCAUCUCUUUCUCAAUUUACAGGGCUCAUUUAAUAACAAUGAGACUGACCUUAUUUAACCAUCUUUAACCUUUCUUGUCUCGAUUACUAUUUUCAUGCAAACCACAGAAGGAAAGAAUGAAAAAGAAAAAUUAAAAGAAGAAGAAUGUAUUCAGGAACAAAGAAAUACUAUUUUCGACUAAAUCUGCGAUUUUAUGAUUACUCGUUAUCUUUGGUAAUGAUCCCUCAAAUCCCCAGACAAUUUCAACUCCUAAAGAUGAAAACUAAUUUACUCUCUUUUCCUCCUUUUUGAUCUUUUUUUUUUCUUUUUCUUUUUUAUGUAGCCACAGUUAUGGAUGUUGUUAACGCCUCUCCUCAGUCUACCAUCAGAUCGUGGACGUGUAGUGAUGUGAAAACCUGGCUCAAGAAUGUUGGACUGAAAGACAGGUGAGUAGCACAGUGUUUAUUAUUCUUAUCCCGAUUCCGAAAGCGUUAAGAUAUGUUAAGUAUUGCUACUCUUCCCUGGGAAUAUGAAAUGGGAUGGCAUACUACUGCAACCUGCCCCCAGGUAUUACGUCAGGUUUCAGCGACCUGCUUCCCAGGCUCUCUCCUUUUGGUUCUUCGGAGCUUGGAACGAGGCUGAGGUUUUCUUAUUUGUCUUCGCUUUUGCCAAUUUUUGCUACCGGUGGUAAAGGGGCACUAUGAAGCAAAUCAACGUUUUAACUUUUGAAACAAUUUUCUUUUAAGGUUGGAUUCCAACACUUUACAAAGGCUAAAUGGUCAGAUUUUGUUGCGUCUGCAAGAUCUUAGAAGAGAGGUAGGGGUUAUGUGUUCCUAAGCAGACAGAAGAGUGCAUAUUUUUAAAAAUGGCACGAGCACAAGUCACUGCGAAAUGGUGACCCUUCUCCCCACGCGCGUAACUUUCACAUACAUCCGCUGAUCUAAAAUACCUUGAUCAAAAAUCGUGUCCCUAUUCUGCAAAGCUUGAAUCCGUUUGAAACGGUUUAGUAUGAAUCUAAAGUACCAGGUGCCAUUAUUUUUGUUCUAUCACUGUUCUAGCGUUGUUAGAGACACCAGGCAUGUUAGCCAUGUUUGUUUUUGUACCGCCAUUUCGUCGUCGAAACACUCGUUAUAGAAAUGUUCCAUUAAAAUUAUGUGCACUGUGCCUUUUUUGGAUGGGAUUUAAACUUUUUUCUGGUAAAUGUUGUUUUAAGAUCAUCAUUUUGGAGAUCAAAGGAUUUUGUUUAAUCUUCUUUCGUACAUCAUAUGCAUUUUUACCCUAAAAUUUGCAUAACUAACCUGAUCCUGGAAAAUUGAUGGGCGAUUUUUCUCUUGUUCUCGAAUGAUUUUUAACAUAAACUUCAUUUAGUUCUUGUUCAUUGCUCUUGCUAAGACUUGCCUUGUUCAGUGCGCAAGCUCAAUGGGUCUGACAAGUCACGUUGUUUUAAUUUCAGAGUCCAGAAUUCUUCUAUUCAUCACUGAGGAAAGAUUUUAAAUUGGACACGGUGUUUGAUGUUCUGGAAUUUGUUGACGCGUUAGAUAAAUUAGUGGAGUAGUUUCAGCUUGGACAGCAAACGAUACAUAUUUUGAUGUAACAAGCAGCAACUUGGGAUGAGAGCAUGUUAGAUUAGGAGCAGGCUCUCAAGCGUUCAGCACGUGCGUCAAGCACGCACACUGCUGGACGCAAGUUUUUACGCCCGUGACAGCAUAAAAGGAAUAUUUGAAUUUAAUUUUUUUCACCACUUCUGUUCAAUAGUAAUGUAGUAUUUUUAACAAUUUUUAAACGAUAAAAAUCGAAAUGUAUCUAAUCUUAAAACAUCGUAAGGGUUUCUUAUAUUAGUGUUGAAAAAUGAUUGGAAAUAAUAUAUUAGCGUGGGCCAUUCAAUAAACGUUAUAAUAAGCCAGUAGAUCAUUUCUUAUUCCUUUUAGCGGUCUUAUCUUACAUGUAGAGUUUUGGUCACCUUUUCCUUAUUAUGAUCGUGAAUUUGACAAGAAGACAGAUGUUUUUGUGUAAACUGCGGUUUGCGGCUAGAUAUCGGUAUAUUUCCAUUAUGUCGCUAAAAGAUGAUUAAUCACUAAGAAAACGACUCUACCUUAUAAAAAUUAAUCCCGUGCAGGAAUUUCCUAGAAAUAAACCUCCUUUAUACUUUUACCUCUUUAAUAUUCUUGUUUUAGGCUAAAUCCAUGCCGAGUUCCUGAUCAGGAAAAUAGUUCUUAAAUUUUAAUUUAGCAUGUUCGACACCUCUUUUUCUUAGAAACGACUUAAGUUGUAAACAUG